AUGAAUUCAGAAUUAUUCGCUUGUUAAUUUUGUAAGGAAUAUUUCUCCAUUCAAAGAGAGCCUUUUCUUUUGCCUGAUUGUGGUCACAGUGUAUGUGCAGAGUGUCUAACAGCUAAAUUAAAAAAUGGAAAUUAAUUUGUCUGCAAAGAAGAUGGUGUACAAGUAACUAGAAAUUAAAUGAAUGAAUUCCCAAAAAACUUUGCUUUGCUAUAGAUAAUCAAAAAUAGGCCAACCAAUAGAAAAAUUGUAAUGAACAAUUCUCCAAAAUAAUUAGAAAAUGAAUAGGAUUCUGAUAGAUGCAAGAAACACGGAGAAAAGAUGGAUGUUGUUUGUGUUGAUCAUCGUGUUAGAAUUUGUGCAAAAUGUGCAUUAUUUGGAGAUCAUGCAGAUCAUAAAGUAGUUAAUUUGGAGGAUGCGUUAAAAAAAAUUAUUAGAAGAAUUGAUGAAUUGAAGGAUAUGUCAGAAAGACUCGAUGUGACUACAAAUGAAACCUUUGAAAUGUCCCAAUAUUUUAACAAAAUAGAAUUGCAUUUUUAAUCCAAUUUAGACAUAUAGAUUAAGCAAGUCAAUUAAUUUUUUGAUGAAUUAUCAUAAAUAUUAGAUAACAAGAGAAAUAAAAUAAUAGCGGAAUGUAAGGAUAAGAUCAUUCAUUCCCAGGAACUUUAUAAUAAAUAUAUUAAGGAAGCAUUUAUUGAUGUUCAAAGAAAAGUUGAAUUAUGGAGAAUGACGAGUAAAGAUAGAAUUCAUUACUAUGAGGAACAAUAGAAGGCUAAUUCUAUUCCUUUUGAAUUGAUAUCUAUUUCCUCAACAAAUGAAUUGAUGCUGAUCGGCGCCUAAUAUUUAAAAGAAUUAGAAUCUACAAAACAGUAAAUACUACUUAAGAUCGACGAACCAUCUUAUAGAGAAAUUCAUCUGGAACUUAAAAGCGAUUUAGAGUAAUUCAUAAACACUUAUUUGAUUGUGUAUUAAAAGGAUCCUUAAUUCAAAUUAGAAAACUCAUUAUCAAGACUUGAAUCAAUUACUGAAUGUUCUCUCCUUAAAGAUAUUAAUAGUUCUAUUAUUUAAGAUCCUUUGAACUAAAAUUAGAUGGAAUAAUGGAUCAAACAAUAUUAGGAGAAUUAAUAGCAAAAAUAAUUAAAUCAAUAAUACAUAUUUUAAUAACAGUAAUAGUAAUAAUAAUAGUAAUAAUUUCUAUAUGCAUAAUAGUAAUUAUAAUAAUAAUAACAACCCUAAAAUUAACCUUUCUAAUAAUAGUUAUCAUAUUCGAAUCAUUAACGAACUGAUCAACCUUUGACCUCUUAAGAAUUGGAUGAUUAAUACUUGAAUAACUUAAAGAAAUCUCCUUCAGCAACUACUUUAGCAACGAGAAGAACUGUGUCUCCUUCUCCAAUUAGGAGAUCGAUGAAAUAAAAAAAAAUAAAUGAAAAAUUCUAACCUUUAAUUGUGAAGUUAAAGGGAGACAAUUUAGAUCAGUGUGAUUUUAGUCAAGCGGAAUUAGGUGAUGAAGGAUUGCUAUCUUUAAUAACAAUUAUUAAAAAGACUAAAAACCUCAGGGUGUUAAAAUUGGCGAAGAAUAAGAUACAAGACGCAGCAGCAUAACAAUUACUGACUGAGUUGAUAGAGAAACAAAAUGAGAAUGAUCAGGAAAACAACUAAAUAUAAACUAUAAAUUUAUCGAGUAACAUGCUAACUGAUAAACUUAUAGAUACUAUUCUUGAUUUAUGUAAAAAAUACUCUAAAACUAUGCAGCAUUAAUCUUUGAAUCAGAUAUAUUUAAAUUAAAACAUCAUAAACUUAUCAAGAGUAAAGAGAAAAGUAGAUGAGAUAAAGAAAUAUGGAUUGAUAAUUGCCAUUUGA